CAGCAGCCAGACAGUCUCUGCCUGUACCUCUGCCUUUUGGUCUUGUUCCGUCGUCUUCUUCAGUCUCCAGGUUGGAUUAGUGAUGCUGAUGGAACACUGCAGGACAUGCAAUUUUCAGGUUAUAAUUUUGGGCCCCAUCAUGAUGGCUAUAGCCCUGGCCGCUAUGGACAGCCAAGCCUUGCAUGAACUUGAGAAGGACCCAUCCUACUGGGAUGCAAACGCAAAGGCGACACUGGAUGCUGCGCUGAAGCUCCAUCCCCGACAACACCGAGCUAAAAACAUUAUUCUGUUUCUUGGUGAUGGGAUGGGUGUGUCCACUGUUUCAGCAACACGUAUCCUGCGAGGUCAGAAUGAGGGCAGGUCUGGGGAAGAAACGGUGCUGGCCAUGGAUACCUUCCCAUAUGUUGCCCUCUCCAAGACCUACAGUGUGGAUAAGCAGGUUGCAGACAGCGCCAGCACGGCCACAGCCUAUCACUGUGGGGUUAAGGCCAACGCCAAGACAGUUGGACUCAGUGCUAAAGCGGUGGCCUAUGAGUGCAACACCACCUUUGGCAAUGAGGUCUACUCAGUGCUACGACGUGCUAAAGCCCAAGGUAAAUCUGUGGGUAUAGUGACCACCACACGUGUCCAGCAUGCCUCACCAGCUGCAGCCUAUGCCCACUCUGUCAGCCGCAGCUGGUACAGCGACGCAGAUCUUCCCUCUAGCGCUCACAGGCAUGGCUGUGUGGAUAUUGCCACCCAGCUCGUCACCAACUUUGACAUUGAUGUGAUUCUAGGGGGAGGCAGGAUGUACAUGACACCAAAAGGCACUCCAGAUCCUGAGUAUCCAACCUCCAAUUCUCGCAGGGGAAACCGCAAAGACAAGAAAAACCUCAUUGAUGUGUGGUUGAAAGCUAAACCGAACAAGAAAUCCCUCUAUGUCUGGCAUAAGAAGGAGUUUGAUGAGAUAAAUGUGAAAACUACAGAUCGUCUUAUGGGCCUUUUUGAACCCAAGGACAUGAGAUUUGAUGUUUUUCGAAAUACCUCCCGAGACCCGUCCAUUGUGGAGAUGACAGAAAAAGCCAUUCAAAUCCUCAGGAAGAAUCCAAAAGGAUACUUCCUCUUUGUUGAAGGAGGGAGAAUUGACCACGGCCACCAUGAUGGCAUUGCUAAACUGGCGCUGACUGAAGCUGAGAUGUUCGAUCGUGCCAUUGAGCGGGCGGCGAAGAUCACCAGGGAAUCUGACACGCUGACUGUGGUAACUGCGGAUCACUCUCAUGUCUUUACCUUUGGUGGUAGCACACCUCGAGGGAACCCUAUUUUUGGCCUGGCGCCAAAGAAAGCCGAUGACGAAAUGCCUUUCACCAGCAUCCUUUAUGCCAAUGGCCCUGGUUAUGUGCAUGUAAAUGGAACCAGAGGAAACAUCACAACGGUGGAUUACUUGGAUGAAGAGUACAUGCAGCAGGCUGCUGUCCCGUUGGACGCUGAGACACACGGGGGAGAAGACGUGGCCAUCUACGCCAAAGGCCCAAUGGCUCACCUAUUUCAUGGAGUGAAGGAGCAGAACUAUGUGGCGCAUGUUAUGGCCUACGCAGCCUGUUUGGAGCCCUACAAACUCUGCCCUCCUCACCAUCACAGCCAUUCCUCAGCCGGGGGUCUGCACACGCAUUUAGGCCUUUUACUCAGCAUGCUUGUCCUUCUAGGGUUUUUAAGAUGACCUUCAAACACACACACAUACACACACACUCAUCUAGGCAAACAUUUAAACUGUUAGAAUAUUCGCAUGCAGUAAAACAAAGACUAUGGGCAAAGUGCUCCCAGGUAAAUAUGCAAACAUGCCCGUUCUGUGCGUGGGCUGGAAAAUCCCACUGCAAGGAUAAACAUUGACAGGACUGUAUUUAUUACCAAAAUACUCCGUGCAUCAUGUGGUAUUAAUCCACACCCUUUUUCCUUGCCAUGCAUUUCAAAUGCAAGUUUAGGCAUGCAAGCGUUAACUCAUCUCAGCUGCAUGGAAAUAAAAAAGGCAAGCACUGACAGCGUGUACGCAAAGAUUAAUUGCUAUUCCUUUGUAGAUAGUUUUCCAAGAGAGAAAAAUUAAGACUCAGUAACUCAUUCGACAUUCCAGUUAAACAAUGUACAACUUCAAAAGAGACUACAGACUUGAAUUUACAUGUAAAUUCAUCAUUAAAUGAGAAGUUUUCAAUGUCACAGAUUUACAUGGAGUGAAAAUGUACUGUGUGUUCAUAAAUGAUUUUCCCUGAAUGACUUGAAGCCAAUUAAGAAAGCUGGGUAGGAGGGGGGGGGGGGCAUUGUGCAGUGCCUGUACUCUACAGGUACAUGUAUAUCCAUGUUACAUGCACAGAUGGGGAAAAAAAAUAAAUGUUAACAUAAAAUAAACCUGAACUUUGAGCUGUUAUGACAUUGUGAGUUACAUUAAAUAAAUGACCUCAUAUGGGCUGAUAAAAAGGCGGUAUACGUGGUCUUUUAUGACUAGUGCAUAAGAUUUGGCAUCCUGUUAUAGUUGUUUUUGGUUCAGUGUUACAAUAUAUUAAAUGUGUUUUUAUUGUAAAUACA